UCCUGGCUUUCUGUCGUAAUAUUUGUAUAUGCAACUGAAAGAACUUUAAUUUGAAUGUAGAAUAUUUUUGGUUUGGGCUGAUUUGGUUAAUUUGAUUUGGUUUUUGGUAUUGAAAUGGAUUUCUGAUUCCCGAUGGAACAGUUGUUCUGAUCAGUCAUUAUUUCUUCCUUUUCCUAAGAAGAAAAAAACAAACAAAAAAACUGCCAUUAGAAAGUUUAUAUUCGUAAGUCCCAAAUAUUUGAGUUUGUAGGGUAUUUGCAAACCAGAGAGUAUUACAUUAACUUAAUUUAGUAUUCCUGAAAAGCAAUAUUUUCAAAUAAGUAGCAACCAAAGUAACAGUAUAGGGAAUGUCUUUUGCACAUGACAAUUUUUAACAAGGUAGUUCUUACCACUCUCAACUGAACGUGUUUAUUAACAACUCUCCAAAUUUAUCAACUUUUAGAAACCCAAGAGUGAAGCAUUGGACUUAAGGGAUCAUUUUGCAAUUGAAGUAAAUCUUGUCCUUACACCUGUAUCUCACACUUAAUACAUGUAGCAAUACUUCGUAUCUUCCUAUCAAAAUUAUUUGUUAAGUGAUUUAGUUAAUGGCUGAUAAAUAUUUUGUAAAACAUAAAAUUGUACAGAAAAAAUAUUAAUUUGUAUUUAUUUUUAUUAUUUUUUAGCAUAGACACUAUAUUGAUGCUCCUUUUUUGCCAGAAUUACUGGAAGUGCCUCUUGAUUUUUAUAUAUAUAUAUAUAUAAAUAUUACAGUAAACAUAUACUCAAAAUUAUUAGAAUUGUGUCACAGAUGAUCAAUGUGGAUGUUACAAUGUGAAAAUAAUGUAUAAUAUAAAUAUAAUUCUGUGGUAUUAUGUUUGAUGUAGUUAUUUGUACAAUCCAAGCCCUCCGUCCAGUUUUGAACGCAUCCUUCCCUCUCAUAUCCAAAUGCAGUGGUUUGUGCCCAGCUAUACGUGCUAUAGUGACACAUCUGCUGGACUCCUACAAUUCCUAAGGACUCCUGGGGGCUUUUUCCCCCAUGGUCACAUUUCCUUGCCUAUUGCUGAUGAAUUCUUAGUUUCAUCUCUCUGUGACUAAGCUGUGUUCUUUGUCUAAUCAAAUAGUUAACACCAUAAUCAACAUACCUAGAUUUCUGGCAUUCAGCUGCAGAGUUCUAUAAAAUAGCUCUGCCAUUGAUCCUAUAAAUACUACAAUUUGUCCUAUACGGAUUGUCUGUUGAUGCCUAAUACAUGGGAUAUUUGGUUGUACAGACUCAGAAUAAUUUUUGUUCUGCAUCUUUGAAAGCUUUUAAGAAAACUGAACGAUUCAAAACAUUCAGAGUGUUUUGACUAGCUCAAACAUACAGUCUUCAGACAAAAAAAAAAAAAAGCAAAUGUGAUUUUUAUCCACAGUUUCCAAGGAAUUAAUUCUUUAAGCUACACAUACAGAUUUCCCUCAUUCCCUGUUAGGCAAAAUCCCUGCUCCUAAACUUGGUAUAUUUGUAGCUUUCUUCACUUUGGCCCCAAACUAUCCCUCACCAAAGGAACUAACUAUCUAUCAUUUGUAUUUCUGUGUCUUAGGCAAGUUAUUAUCAGUGGAGUAUUUACACACACUGUAUACAUAUAUUUUCUUUCUUUUGUAUACACACACAUACUUCCAAUCACAGACAGCACAAAAGGGCAGAAGAUUGACAGUAUCUUCUUGAGUUGUUAACUUUAUCCCUCUCCCAAGGCUUUCCUUUUACAGUGAUGUCCUCAGUGGAAAGGAAGCAAUAGCUGGAAAUUCCAGUCCCAACCUUCAUCUCCUUCCUGCAACUAGGUGCUAUCAAAACUGUUCGUAGGAAAAGUUUGCUGAUCUAAAAUACGGAAGUAGGAUAUAGUCCAAUGAAAGACUACAUAUGAGAAGUGCUGAAUAUUGUAUUAAAGUAAGUAGUAUGUACCUUCAAAACUGUAACUUUAACUGUGGACUGAAGAGGUCAGGAAAGGAAUCAUGUUAGAGAGUGAACUUGAGUAAGCUGAGGAUAGACCAAAUUACACUCUCAGGAAAAUUCCAUUUGUUGGUGAGGAAACGUAGGCUCUUUGCACUUUGGGAUAGUAAACACUUCUUCCCUUUGAAUGCACUAAUGGCCACACUGUUAAACACAUUGAAAAUACAAGACCUAUUGCAAUGCUUGCUCACUAGCAAAAGCUAGUUUGAUUGCUAAAAUAAAAUAUUUGGUCUUUCAGACUCUGAAUGUACCAUUGCCUCAUUGUACGAUUUAUCACUUUAUUUGUAUCCUUUUUUUUUUCAUUUGUAGUGAAAUGUGCUUAUAACCUUUGAUUUUCGGUUAAUGAUCCUUACCAUUGUGUGAACUGAAAUUGUAUAUGUAAUGAUGAUACUUUCCAGUCAUUUAUAACAUUUUGUUAUUUGGAAUAUACUUCUGAAUUGCUCAUAUAAUUUAAUCUUUAAGAGAGCCCCAUGAAUCUAUUUUAAUUUGAAUAAAAAUUCUGCUUCACAGAGGAAGAAGCUGAAAUUCAGUAAAGUUUAGUGACCAGGUCAGAGUCACAGCCAUUUAAGAAUAUGAUGGAUCUUGGAUGAUACCGGUAGCAAAUUCAUUUAUUACCAUAACCAAAUGCAAGCUGAUAUGGCUCAGAAUCCUCCUCAAAUGGUACUCUUGGAAAAAGAAUUUAUUGUAAUUUUAGAAUUUUUCAGUGCAAGGAGUUCUCUCUCCUUAGAAUUUAGAUAGCAUAAACAAGUGGAUGCCGAAAAAUCCAAUGUUGUUUUGUUUUUUUCUUUUUCUAUUGGAUCCUUAUAAAUUGUGGAUGUGAGCAACUGAUCCCGUGUCUGAGAAUUAACUCUUUCUAGAAAGAACUCUGCAGAGCCUUGAUCCUGACCUGGCUCUCCCCACCUGGCAGAACUGCUCAGAGCUGCUGUAGAAUUCACCCCAGUUUCCUCUUUCAGUCUGUGGAGUGGGGUCCAGCCUCUUGCUGAGCAAGUUGAGAGGAAUUGGCUGUCUUUGAUCUCCACCUCCAGAAGCAACCUUGACAGGAUCAGAGUCAAGGAAUAUUUUCAUAAUGGACACUUCAUCCAAAGAAAAUAUCCAGUUAUUCUGCAAAAGUUCAAUGCAACCUGUCGGGCGACCUUCCUUAACAACAGAAUAUUCUUCCUCAAAGGAGAAACAACAGUGCUGUGGUGAACUGAAGGUAUUUUUGGGUGCCUUGUCUUUUGUUUACUUUGCCAAAGCAUUGGCAGAAGGCUAUCUGAAGAGCACCAUCACUCAGAUAGAGAGAAGGUUUGAUAUCCCCUCUUCACUGGUGGGAGUUAUUGAUGGUAGUUUUGAAAUCGGGAAUCUCUUAGUUAUAACAUUUGUUAGCUACUUUGGAGCCAAACUUCACAGGCCAAAAAUAAUUGGAACAGGGUGCCUAAUCAUGGGAGUUGGAACACUGCUCAUUGCAAUGCCUCAGUUCUUCAUGCAGCAGUACAGAUAUGAAAAGUAUUCUCCUUUCUCUAAUUCCACUCUGAGCAUCUCUCCAUGUCUCCUGGAGUCAGACAAUCAAUUACCUAUCUCAAUUAUAGAAAAAUCACAAUCCAAAAGAAGUGAUGAAUGUGAAAUUGAUGCCAGCUCUUCCAUGUGGGUUUAUGUUUUCCUGGGGAACCUUCUUCGUGGAAUUGGGGAAACUCCUAUUCAGCCUCUAGGCAUUGCCUACCUUGAUGAUUUUGCCAGUGAAGACAAUUCUGCUUUCUAUAUUGGGUGUGUGCAGACGGUUGCAAUUAUAGGACCAAUCUUUGGCUUCCUGCUAGGCUCAUUAUGUGCCAAACUGUAUGUUGACAUUGGCUUCGUAAACCUAGAUCACAUAACCAUUACUCCCAAGGAUCCUCAGUGGGUAGGUGCCUGGUGGCUGGGUUAUCUAAUAGCAGGAAUUGUAAGUCUUCUUGCAGCUGUGCCUUUCUGGUGUUUACCAAAGAGUCUACCUAGACCCCGAAGUAGAGAGGAUUCCAAUUCUUCCUCUGAGAAAUCCAAGUUUAUUAUGGAUGAUCGCACAGACUACCAAACACCCCAUGGAGAAAAGUCAAAAAUAAUGGAAAUGGCAAGAGAUUUUCUUCCAUCACUAAAGAAUAUUUUUGGAAAUCCACUGUACUUGUUAUAUUUGUGUGCGAGCACUGUUCAGUUCAACUCUUUGUUUGGAAUGGUAACCUAUAAACCCAAGUACAUUGAGCAACAGUAUGGGCAGUCAGCCUCCAAGGCCAACUUCGUUAUUGGGCUCAUCAAUAUACCUGCAGUGGCCCUUGGAAUAUUCUCUGGGGGAAUAGUUAUGAAAAAAUUCAGAAUCAGUCUGUAUGGAGCUGCAAAACUCUACUUGGGAUCAUCUGUUCUUGGGUACCUCCUAUUCCUUUCCCUGUUUGCACUGGGCUGUGAAAAUUCUGAUGUGGCAGGACUAACUAUUUCCUACCAAGGAACCAAACCUGUCUCUUAUCAUGAACGAGCUCUCUUUUCAGAUUGCAACUCAAGAUGCAAAUGUUCAGAGACAAAAUGGGAACCUGUGUGUGGCGACAAUGGAAUCACAUAUGCAUCGGCAUGUCUCGCUGGCUGUCAGACCUCCACCAGGAAUGGACAAACUAUGAUGUUUUAUAACUGCACCUGUGUGGGAAUUGCAGCUUCAAAGUCAGGAAAUUCCUCAGGCGUGAUGGGCAGGUGUCAAAAAGAUAAUGGAUGUCCCAAAAUGUUUCUGUAUUUCCUUGUAAUUUCAGUCAUCACAUCCUAUACUUUAUCCCUAGGUGGCAUACCUGGAUACAUAUUGCUUCUAAGGUGCAUUAAGCCACAACUUAAGUCUUUUGCCCUGGGAAUCUACACCUUGGCAAUAAGAGUUCUUGCAGGAAUCCCAGCUCCCGUGUAUUUUGGAAUUUUGAUUGACACUUCAUGCCUCAAAUGGGGAUUUAAAAGAUGUGGAAGUAGAGGAUCCUGUAGAUUAUAUGAUUCAAAUGCUUUCAGACACAUAUAUCUGGGACUAACUGUGAUGCUGGGCACAGUGUCUAUUUUCCUAAGUAUUGCAGUACUUUUCACUUUAAAGAAAAAUUGUGUUUCAAAACAUAGAAGCUUCAGAACCAAGAGAGAAGGAACAAUGGUGUCUACAACAAUCAGGAAGGAAAACUGUACUACAGGUGAUCAUUUGCUACAACCCAACUACUGGCCAGGCAAGGAAACACAGCUUUAGAAAGAUUACGACUUGAAGCCAUGUUUUCUAAUUUCUGGAAAUUCUGCAAAUAGAUUUCAAUCUAAAGGGUUUUAAAGUGUAAUUUUUUUUCUCCUUUCAAAAGAUGUCUUGGAUUUUGACCCUAGGUAUUAGAUGACGUAUCUGAUAACAAAUAUAAUUAAACAUCUAACAGACAAUGUAGAUAAUAAAGUUCAUCUAAACCUUUUAAUUCACUAUAUUAUUUAUAUAAAUUACUUAUAUUAUUUACUCGUCCUGCUAAAUUUUGCCUUGUGCCCAUUGAUAUAGUAGCCGUAUUUCUAGUAGAACAAGUGUCCUAAUAGUCUAAUGGCUGUGUGUAAUUUCUAAACUGAGAUACUUGUCAAGGGGGAGAGAAUAUUGUUAAAAAAUUAAAUUAUAUCUUGGCCUCCUUUAAAUAUGACCUUAAUGCAGAUGUUAGGAUAGAGUCAGAACAUGUAGAGAAAGAUAUUUUUAAGCUCUUCCUUUUUUUUUUUUUUUUUUUUUGGAAUACAGUAAUUGAUACAGAAAUGUAUAGUGGCAAAUAAUCUUGGGGGAUUAGAAUUUUGGAUUAUUACCUAUUCUACCAUUCAUUAUAUGUGCAUUGUGUGUGAUGCUUAAAGUGACCUUGGUGGUAAAGUAAUAAAAUUAAUAUUAACAUGCUUUAUUGUCCUUCUAUAAAUUUAGUGGAUUAAAAAUACUGGUAAUAUAAUACUGUCCCAAUUUGAAUGUAAGCUGUUCCACUUGUAUGCACGUGACGUGAUCCUAAAACAUAUUUGAAAGUUGAAUUUCUGAAAGUACAGUAGCCGUAGGUGUUAUAACAGGAAUGCAGACUGAGGGAUUGAGUGAUGGUGUGGUUCUUGGGUGCUCUAACUGGCACUCAUCACAGGGCCUAAUAGUUUCUGGGCAGGCUGCUGACACUGCUGCGGCCUGCCAGAUAGCUCUCUGUUUCUGGACAACUGAAUAAGUCAGGGCAGCCCUUUCCUCUUUGCGGGCUUCCUGGUGCUCCUCUGAGAAGAUAUAGUAGGCUCAGUGGUCCACCAUCUUUAAUCAUCAGCUCUAUUAUGUACUAUAUUUUUCUAUCUCCACCACAGCUGCAUGAGGGGGGCUUGGGCCUCACAAGAAAAGCAGAAUUAAGGUAGAGACCGCCCCAGUGGAAUCUCGAAAUUGUACUGCAAUUAUUAGCAGCCUAUACAACAAGCAGAAUGUGCAAUCAGGAAACUCCCAAAAAUAAGUUUUUUGAGGAGUUUCUUGGAGCCUAUGUCCCAACAAGAAGGUCUAGCUCAAAAAGGUAAUAGUCUUCAACAGUGGAAGGAUAAUAUAGUACAAACAAAAUAGUUUGCUGUCUUUUCAUUUUUCCAUUACAUACCAAUCCUGUAAGUAUGAAUAGAAAAAAAAAAAGAUGGAAAGUUUAGGAUGGAGAGAAGAGAAAAUUUCCUUUAAGUGUAUAUUCAUUUUGUCAUUUUAUUUGAAUUAGUGAUGCAAGAUUUUCUCAUAUUUUACUAUUUUUGAAAAUGAAAAUAGACGUUUUUUGUUUCAAGCAUGCCUACAUCAGACCUGCUGCUGAUGUGCUAAUGUGAGAGCAGGAAUUCUUUUUUGUCAUCUCAGUAUCAAUCUUACCCACAAUAAAUAUUUACCAAGUUGGUGAGGGAGUAUACUUGUCAAGAAUUUGCUCUGUAGAGAUAUAAUUAAAGUUCAAGCUCUUCAUCCUGUCUCCCACAUCCUCUUUAUUUUUUUUAAACAUUUGUAGCAAUAUCGUGAAAAAUAAUUUUUUUGCAAGUAAAUCUGUAAACAGAAUCUUAUCCAAUUUACUCUUGAGUAACUUGAAAAAUGAAUAUUGGCAUGAAAGUUGAUUGAAUGAUCUUUUUUUGUUAAUGUACUGUCAGUGAAAAGGAACCAUAUUUUUAUGCAUAGCCAUUAAUUCAACAAGUGGAAUUCUGUAUAUGAAACUCAAAAAUAUGGCAUAUGAUUUAGUAUGAUUUAGUGGGAAUUGAAUUUGCAAAGAGAAACCCUGAUGAUUUUAGAUGAGUAAAUUCAUCUGACAGAAAUAAGCAGGCUUUUUAUGCCUCAAAAAGCACAUGAUUAAUUUUUUUUUCUAACAAACCAAACUUCAUUUCAGAGGUCAAAUAAAUUCCCUCAGUCCUAGGGCCAGACAUUUGGAGGUCAAGCCUUGACUGACAUGUGGGAAUCUCACAGUUGCUCCAUAUUCAAUGGGUCACUUUAUUCUCUUAUUCUCCAGCCUUUAGAAGUGGCCAGCACCUCAAAUGAACAUCUGAUUCUCUAUAAUUUUCAGACAGGUCAAUCUCCAGCUAUGCCAUUUUAUAAAUGGAGUGACUUAAAUUGGAUUAAAUGACUUACCCAAGGUGGAGGGGACAAAUUAAUCCCGGGUUCCUCCAAUACAUCAUGAUGCCUCUAAAGCAGGUAAUAAAAAUGUUCUGAAAUUCUUAAAAACUAGAAGAAUUUUUGUCACAAUUAGCAUUUAAGAAAUCUCCACUUACAUAUUACAUAUUUAUAUGCUCAUACCUAAAGGAAGAUUGAAAAAAUAGAUUGACUACAGCAUAUAAUCGAGAAUAAUUUUAAAAACAACUAUUAAGUUACUUUAUCACUAUUAAGUGUAAUAAUAUUAAGCACUUUCCAUAUGUGUGCUGUGUGCUUUAGACACAUUAUCUCAAUUUCAAAUAUCAAAAUAACAUUAUGUGGUAGUUAUAAUUACUGAUAUUUUUAGAGGAAAAAAACUGAGGUUUAGUAAGUUUUAGUGACUUAUUUAAAAUCAUCAAGUCCUAGUAGUUGGUUGAGCCAAGAUUGAAAUUGAGUUUUAGUAGUUUUGAACAGUCACAUUAUGCCUGUAUUAAUCUAUAUCCUAAAUUGUCAUCUUCCACUAACUCUGCUAAAAAUGAAAUUUGUACAUCUACACAUUUACAUUAGAAAAGCUUUAACAUACCAAAACAGGUACAUCAUUUAAAAAAAAUCAAAUAAUACAGAAGGAUUUAAAAUGAAAAGUAACAGUCCUCCACCCCAACUUCACUUUUGUUCCUCAAAGGCAAUUACUUCUAAUUAGUUUGGGUUGUUGGUUUUUCAAAAUAGUCACUUCCACAUCUUUAAAUAAUACGUUUGUACCACUUUCUUGACUUACCAACUUUGGGCAAUGUCUAUUGACUGUCUGAUAGAUGAGGAGUUAUGUCUCUCAUUCCUUGUAAUUAGUACUAGUGAGGUCACUAUUCUGAGUUCCUUGAAUGUCACAUCAAUACCUCCAUUUCUUGUUCAAUAAACAUAAAUCAUAUCAUGUUUCCCCACUUUGUGCAGUGAAGACCUUGGAGCUUCCUCCCUUCCCUCGAUGUCUCCAAACUCUCUUUAUCUCCUUUCUGUUCCCUGUAUUUUUAUUUUAACUUGACAACAUGUUUAAUCAGCUCUGUAACCAUUCCAUCAGGAAAAGCCUGAAUGGUUAUGAUUAAGCUCAAUGCCAUCUACUGUUGAAGACACAAAAUCUCACAAUUAGGAAAAAAGA